UCUCUCUUCUCUCUUCUCUCUUCUGUUAUUAUUAUUAUUAUUUUUGUAUAUAUAAUUAUUUUGCUUCUUAGGCUUUCCUUUUUCUUUCUCUUUCCACCACCCUCAACAGUAAUGAUUUUCUCGUUAGGGGUAUCGUUGUUGAGGAAUCUGAGGAGUUGUGGUUGUGAAAAAAGUGACAGUUAUAACAAUUGAAAAACAACAACUAGAACAAGGUUAUUCCAAACAAAUACAAACAUAACUGCACGAGUGCUUGAGCCCAAAAGAGUGCUUCUGAUUGAUUGAUGUGAUCAUCAUCAAACAAACGCUUCUUUUAACCAUUUUUCUUUCCAUUUAUUUCUCUAUAUUUGGCUUCUUGGGUCUGUUGGUUUUGUUCUGCUUCUGGCUUCUCUUCUCUUUCCUUUUCAUCUUCUUUUCUUGUUUUAUUUGGGUUCUUUUGUAUUGUUUUCUUGGGAAGUUUUAUUACCAUGUCUCAACCACGACAAUUUCAGAUGGUGGGUGGUAACAAUAUAGGAGAAUACAAUGACACAACUUUUACCAAAAUCUUUGUUGGAGGUUUGGCUUGGGAGACUCAAAGAGAUACCAUGAGACGUUAUUUUGAGCAGUUUGGAGAGAUCCUUGAGGCUGUUGUUAUCACAGACAAGAACACCGGGAGAUCCAAGGGUUAUGGCUUUGUCACAUUUAAGGAUCCAGAAGCGGCCAUGAGAGCAUGUCAGAACCCAUCACCGGUCAUUGAUGGAAGGAGGGCAAACUGCAAUCUUGCAUCCCUUGGUGCACACAAAACUCGUCCACCAACUCCACAACAUGGUACUGGACGAUUUAGACCAACAUCUGGAUCGGCAGCUCCGCCUUCCUAUCAAAGCUUCUCAACAGCAUACAUCCAUCAACCUACCAAUCAGUACACAUUUCCUUAUUCAGCUUAUGGGUUUACUGGAUAUUCACAAGACACCAUGUACCCUUUGAAUUACUACAAUCUUUAUGGCGGCCAACAAUUCUCACCUUACUUCACUGCUGGGUCAUCAGGAACUCCAGGAAUGUUCCAUAAUAUGUAUCCGUUUUAUGCUCAAUAUGCACAGAGUAGUCAAGCUCAAGCUCAAGCUCAAGGGUUUGGAGUUCAAUAUCCCCAAAUGUUGCAGUACCCAUAUGUGCCUCAGCAGUAUGGUACAACUGGAAUCCUGUCACUUCCUUCUUCUAUGCCAGUGACAACUUCUAGCACAGGUCCUAAACAUUUCCUAAAUGCGUACAAGUUAUAUAUUAGAAUGUUAUGUACUAUGAAAUUGAUUUAUAUAUUAUGUGUUGGAGCAGGUGUAACUACAACAACAAUAGGGGUGAGUGCAACAGGAACAGGUGCUUCACAAGCAUCUGCAACAGCCUCUGAACAAAAUUCAUCCACCUAAUUGACGUUGAGAAACAUAAUGUCUUCUUUCAAGACUAACAAGAUUUGGAUAAAGGGUGAUAAGAGUCUGAGCAAGAGGGGAAAAAGAAAUGAAUAAGAACAAACAUUUUAAAGUCAAUGAUUCAGGAAAAGGAUGCCUUAUCAUAUACAUCUGGCAUAGAGAGAGAAGGAAUCCAAGAAUCAAGCAUCAGAAAGUUCAUUCAAGGAACGAGCAUAGUUGAGAUAUAAAGGCAUCGCUAGCUCCACUAACUUUCUUCAAUUCAAUCUCUAUUCAUGCCCAACAUUAUUGUCUUUAUCAUCAUUGUCAUCUUCAUCAUCAUCAUACAUGUUUCAUUUAAUUAGGACAAUUAAUUGAGAAAGUCUAAGUAGUUGUUAGCAGUAGAAGAAGAUCAUAUUCAUUUAUGUAUUAUCGUCAUAAGGUAGAAGCUAAAUAUUGGCUUUGGAUUCUACCUAGGAUACUAAUUUAUCAGAUGAUUAUGCCUCGAUUGCAUACAGCAUCCGAAGACAUAACUCUUUUGUUUAUAUUUCUUUCAAGUAAUUGGUUCAAAAGAUUGAUUUUGUAUCUUUGAACCAAGAUUGAUUGGUCAAAGAAAAAGGCGAGCUUGGAUAGCUUUGCAAUUAACUUGUAAUUUCUUUCUUCAUUGUUCAUGAUAGGGAUUAGUUGGAAAAAGAAGAUUGUGUUUCUCUUAUUUUA